GCGUUUGGAUUAGAAUUUGAAAUAGUAUCGAGUACAUCUAAUAUCAGCUGUUUGAAUGUUCCUGAAAUUGCUAUUGGAAACUUACUUCAAUACCAAGGGGUAUUCAGCACUGUAUUCGAUCGCAUUCGCGUCACCCUUGCUUCUUCCGUGGUGCUCCCCCCGUCGCGCCCCUCCGCCUCCGCGCCGCUCCCUCCGCCGGCGCCUGGAAGCUCCUCCGCGCCUGGAAGCCGCGGGUAACCAAGUGGUAAUUUAAUACCAGUUGUGGGCUCGAAGGCUGAAUUCGGCGACAGAGUGGAUUCUUUGGGCCAAAAUUUGGGCCCACAUUGUACCGGAGACGGCGAGGAGGCAAUUGCUUCGAUUCGUGUCAUCGUGAGCUCGACCCGGCUCGGCUCGGGUCUGAUUGUCCGAGAGCUCGACAGAGUUUCAGAUUCAGAGGUGGUGCGACCUGUGAGGGCAGAGGAGGAGGGAGGAGCCGGCGGAGGAUGGUGGGGGGACGAGGAGGGGCGGGCCGGCGGCAGGAGCGGCAGGCCCUGAUGGUGGCGUUCGCUCUGGCUCUGCUCAUGGGCACCGCCGUCUACUUCCGCAUCUGGGCCCGCCAGUCCAGCGACCCCUCCUUCACCGUCGACGACCGCGAGGAGCUCCGGAGGCAAUUUGAACAAGCAAACCUAGAAGCGAUGGAUGAAUCUGCUGAAUGGAGAAUGAAAUAUGACAAAGAAUUUGAGAAAAACAAGCAGUUGCAAGAUGAAUUUUCAAAGGUUAAGGCCUCAUUGACUGGGACAGCCAGGCGUCUUGAGUUGUUAAAAAAGGAUAAUGAGAUGUGGAAGAGACAGACUGAAUCACUGAAGCAGCAGUGCAAUUGCAGUCUUCCAUUGAAAACUACGAAAGAUUAAGGGCAUGGCAGUGGCAGGAGUUUUUCAGCUUCUUUGGUGGAUUAUCUCAAAGAUUUUUGUUUGUUCAGCACCAGAGGGAGGAAAGCUAGAUUGGGAUAUGGAAUUGGGAUAGGUGAAUUGAAGAAAUGGCUUCCACAGUGUUGCUUUGUUUGCUAUUCAUGGUGAGCUUCAAGCUUCAUCCGAAGUGAUCAGUUGCCAAUUCAUGAGUAGCAAUGCAAAUUACUGUAGGCACGAGUUAUGAGAUGGUGAGCUUCUUUUUGUCAUUAAGGAUAUCUAAUUUUAAGUUAGUAACUUUGGAUUGGCAAUUUUUAUCUCUCUACUUGUAAAUACACAAUGCAUCAAAGGAAGCAAAAAAUUAGUGGCGAAGAUCAAAACCAGGGCCGGCUUAGUGGUCAUCCUCCAGUUCCUAUGCGCAUAUAUAUGUAUAUACAUUUCGUUGAGACCCUGCUUACGUAAAAA